CGCACAGACACACACAUCAGCUCUCGCGCGCUGGUGAGUGCGUUUUUUUCCCCGGUAACCGAGCACCGUGCUGCUGCUGCUGCUGCCGCCGGACUGGAGCCUGUCUCGCGACUCUCUGACGGAUAAAAAGGCUCGAGCUGUUAGACAAUACCGACACGCGCGCGCACUGGAAAUGCGAACCGACCCCUUUUCAUUGACGCUGCGCGCGACGCCGCGGGACGCUGCUGACGGUUCUGCCGAGACUGCGUUGCGCGCGUGCAAACGACAAGAGUGUGCGUGUGUGUGCUGAAGAAGCUGUGAGGUGUGUGUGUGUUUGGGACACUUUGUGAGUGUGUGUGUGUGUGUGUGUGUGUGUAGGUGCACUCGGUCAUGGAUGAGAACGUGUACCAGUCCUUGUCUCGUCCUCGGAUGGAGCUCAGCUACUCCAGCUCUUCUGAGGAAGAGGACGAGGCGAAUCUCCGUCACAAACACUUCAGAGACUCUCGUGCUCACUCACACACUCACACGGAGUACGAACCUGACCGCAGGUUCACCUACAACAGCCACAAAGUGCGCAGGAAACCCCACGACAUCACGGCCAAGGAAUCAGCAGCUUUUCCCGAUUUCCAAACCGAACUCCACUCGGCCAAUCAGGAACUGGCAUACCCAGGCGGUGGCUCCCUGGGCGUGGCCUCAGAUCCUGAGUCAGUUGGUGGGGCUUCCCCUGAUCAUGCCCUCCGUCUGUGGAUGCAGGAAGUGAAGUCGGAGCGAAGUUCUCGUGCCUCAAGUCGGGCGAACUCCCUCCUCUCUCUCACCGACACAGAGCAGGAGGGACGGGGCGAGCAAGAGAACGACAAUGAUCUGCCUUCCAGUCCUGUAGGGCGCUUCUCCUUCCGUCCUCUUCCUCCUCCUCCACCGCCUCCUCACGCGUGUGUGUGUUCGCCCACAUCCAGCGUUCCGGAUCCCAUCCAGAGGAACACACUUCCGAGCAGGAAUCACCAGACUGAGAACAAAACGCAGCAGGACAAAACACACAACACCUGGGCUCUGAACAGCAACAUACCACUGGAGACCAGGCACUUCCUGUUCAAGCACGGCUCGGGAUCAUCCACGCUUUUUAAUGCGACCAAUCAGAACUACCCUCUGACCUCCAGUACGGUGUAUUCUCCGCCCCCGAGGCCAUUACCCAGAAGCCCCAUCUCCAGGCCGCUGUUCUCCUUCAGUAAACCGUAUCGCUGCUGUAACUGGAAGUGCACCGCGCUCAGCGCCGCCGCCAUCACCGUCACACUCGCCCUGCUGCUCACAUACGUCAUCGUAGUACACUUGCUGGGUUUGCCCUGGACUCUGCGCAGGUUGGAGUUGUUUGAGAACGGACUGAGUAAAGCAGAACCCACACAGGAGGGAACUGACUUCACUGUCGACCUGCCAGGAUUCAACACCACCCAGAGAGAUAAGGACGUGUGGCCCCGUGGGCGUGGCUACGAUGUGGGCGAGGUUGAGGUCAAAGGUCGGCUCCUCCAAGUCAUUCCACCAGGCAGCUUCUGGAGAUUCAGCAUGGCUCUUCAGCAUCCAGAGUUCAUCCGAUUUAACGUCACACACACACACACUGCACUGCUGGGCAUCUAUGGCCGGAGAAACACACCACCUACACACACGCAGUUUGAUUUCGUGAAACUGCUGGAUGGGAAGCAGCAGCAGGAUGGACGGGGCGUUGCCAUGGCGACCGUGUUUAUGGAGUAUCUGGAUGCAGGGACGUGGCACAUUGGUGUUUAUAAUGACGGCAGAAAACCGGAGCAGGUGAAGGUGCAGAGCACGGCUGUAGAAAUGAGCGACGGUUGUUCCACAAACUGUAACGGGAACGGCGAGUGUGUUUCGGGUCACUGUCACUGUUUCACCGGAUUCCUCGGACCUGACUGUUCAAAAGACUCAUGCCCAGUGUUGUGUAGCGGUAAUGGCGAGUAUGAUAAGGGUGUAUGUGUGUGUCAUCCCGGCUGGAAGGGAGCAGAGUGUGAAGUGGAGGAAGGACAGUGUAUUGAUCCCACCUGCUCCAACAAUGGAGAGUGUGUCGACGGAGUGUGUGUGUGUGCACCAGCCUUUAAAGGCACCAAUUGUGAAGAAGUGGACUGCGUCGACCCCACAUGUUCGGGUCGAGGUGUGUGUGUCCGUGGCGAGUGUGUGUGUUCUGCUGGAUGGGGAGGAGAGAUGUGUGAGAAUCCUCUCCCAGCCUGUAAAGAACAGUGCUCAAGACAUGGAACGUACCAUUCUGAUACAGGGGUGUGUGAGUGUGAGCAGGGCUGGACCGGAACUGAUUGCUCUACAGAAGUGUGUCCUGUGCCAUGCAGCAUCCAUGGCAUGUGUGUCGGUGGACGGUGCCAGUGUGAGGAUGGGUGGGUGGGGCCAUCCUGUGACAGACAGGCCUGUCAUCCAAUCUGUGAGGAGCAUGGGGAGUGCAAGGACGGGCAGUGUGUGUGUCACGCCGGUUGGGAAGGAGAACACUGUACUAUUGCACAUUACCAGGAUUUGCUGGAUAAAGGUGUGUGUCCCGGUCUCUGUAACAGUAAUGGCCGGUGUGUCCUCGGCCAGUUCGGUUGGAGAUGUGUGUGCCAACCCGGCUGGAGUGGAGACGGCUGUAAUAUCGUCAUGGAGACACAGUGUGGGGAUAGCAGUGACAAUGAUGGAGACGGCCUAGUGGACUGUACAGACCCAGAUUGUUGUGGUCAGCAGGUAUGUGUGAACUCUCCACUCUGUCAGGGCUCACCUGACCCCCGUGACAUCAUCCAGCAAAGCACAGCUUCUUUUAGGCCCCGCCCACCAGCUUCAUUUUUUGAGCGAGUGCGAUUUCUUGCUGGGAACACACACACUCUACCAGCAGAUGUACAGUGGGAUGGCAGCCGUGUGUGUGUCAUCAGAGGUCGUGUGUUUGCCCCCGAUGGAACUCCAUUGGUCGGUGUAAAUGUCACGUUUCACCAGAAGCCAGAAUACGGUUUCACAAUCAGCCGACAAGAUGGCAGUUUUGACCUGAUGGCUGCAGGGGGCACAUCUAUGACUUUGCUGUUCCAGCGAGUGCCUUUCCUUCCUCAAUCUCAUUCCCUCUGGUUGCCAUGGAAUCGCUUUGUGGUUAUUGAGCGGGUGAUGAUGUCACGUGUUGAAGCUCCUCCCCCAACAUGUGAACACAAGAACUUGGUUGGGCCGAAUCCUGUCGUUCUUCCCGCUCCUCUCACGCAGUUUGCUGGACAGUGUGAGGAACGUGGACCUGUCAUACCUGAGCUACAGGUGGUUCAGGAGGAUAUAGAAAUGGCAGGAAGUUUUGUGAAAUUGAGUUAUGUGUCUUCCCGUGCCCUGGGUUACCUGUCUGUCCUGCGUGUGCUCUUGACUCCGCCCCUCAUCCCGGUGGGGCUGCUGAAGGUCCACGUCUCUGUGUGUGUGGAGGGGACGCUGGUCUCCAAAUCGUUUGCUGCCGAACCAAAUCUGAGCUACGUCUACAGCUGGAACAAAACAGAUGUGUACGGACAGCAAGUCAACGGCCUUACACACGCACUCGUCUCUGUAGGUUAUGAGUACGAGGUGUGUCCAGACUUCAUCUUGUGGGAGGAGUCUGUGGUGGAGAUGCAGGGUGCUGAGCUGAUCUCAUCACAGCUGGGCGGCUGGACACUCGACAAACAUCACACACUGCACGUGGAAAGCGGAAUCCUCUACAAAGGGGAUGGGGAAAACGUCUACAUUUCUGAUCAGCCUCCACUUAUCUCCACGGUGAUGGGGACAGGGGCGGUACGUCCACUCGCGUGUCCAAACUGUAACGGCCCUGCAGCCAAUCAGAAGCUGUUCUCACCGGUGGCGUUAGCGUGCGGACCAGACGGGAGCAUUUACGUCGGAGAUUUCAACUUCAUCCGCAGAAUCUUACCGAACGGAGUCAGCGUCAAUCUGCUCGAGCUCAGGAAUCGAGAUCUCAGACACAGUGGAGGUUCUGUCCAUCAGUACUACCUGGCAGUGGAUCCUGUAAGCGAUACGCUCUAUGUGUCAGACUCAGUGGGUCUGAAGCUGCUGCGUCUCAUCUCCAUGAGUGAAGUGCGUGACGUAGGGCGCAACGCAGAGGUGGUGGCAGGAACUGGAGAAAAAUGCACUCACUUCAGCCUGAAAGAGUGUGGAGACGGAGGAAAAGCCACAUACGCCUCACUCACUGCUCCUAAAGGCAUCGGCGUGGACAAACGCGGCUCCGUGUUCUUCGUGGAUGGUUUGGCUGUUCGGAAACUCGAGAACGGCAUCAUCACCACGGUGAUCGGGUUGAACACUGUCACAGCCACUCAACCAAUCAGCUGUGACACAUACAUGGACAUCAGUCAGGUGCGUCUUGAGCAGCCCACAGACCUGGCAGUGAAUCCUCUAGACAACUCCCUCUAUGUUCUGGACAACAAUGUGGUUCUGCAGAUCACAGAGGCGGGGCUUGUCAGAAUGGUUGCUGGGAGACCAGACCACUGCCCAACCCCAACUGCCUCAGAUCCAGUCCGAACAACCUUACAUGCUGCCCUUGAAUACGCUAAAGCCAUCAUCGUGAGCCACCAGGGGAAGCUCUACAUCACCCAGACAGACGACAGGAAAGUCAACCGCAUCCAGGAAGUGAACUCCAACGGAGAGAUGUCCGUCAUCACUGGGACCAUCAGCGAGUGCGACUGUAAGAUUGAUCCUGACUGCGAGUGUUUCUCAGGUGAUGGUGGUUAUGCUCGUGAUGGGAGGUUAAAGUCCCCCUCCUCUCUGGCCGUGUCUCCUAAUGGGACACUGUUUGUGGCUGAUGUGGGUAACCUGCGUGUUCGUGCGGUCACACAGUCCCGCCCUCGCCUCUCUUCCUCAUCCUCCUCUUCCUCCACUCGUCUGUUUGAGAUUCCCUCCAUCUCUCAGCAGGAGCUCUACAUUUUUGCAGCUAACGGAUCGCACCUUUACACGCGCUCUCUUGUCACUGGGCACUUCCUGUACAACUUCAGCUACACGGGGGCGGGGCUUCUAAACUCCAUUACGGCCGCUGCCCCUGACGGAGGAGUGGUCACUGUAAGGCGGGACUCCAAUGGAGCGCCUCUCUGGUUGGUUGUCCCCGGUGGGCGGGUCUACUGGCUAACCAUUAGCAGUGUGGGAACCCUGAGGAGAGUCUCCGCCCUAGCACAUGAGCUGGCUCUGCUCAGUUACCACGGCAACACAGGGCUGCUGGCAACCAAGAGUGAUGAGAACGCCUGGACCACCGUCUACGAGUACGACAUCGACGGUCACCUGAUCAACGUGACCCUGCCGACAGGAGAGGUCAGUGGUUACCAUGGCACUAUGGAGAAGUCAGUCAGGGUGGAGUGUACUUCAAACCGAGGGCACUUCAUGACCAUCACUAACCACUCGCAGGACAGCACGGCGUACACUCUGAGACAAGGUCAUGCGACGAGUGUGUACCGCGUGAGUGGAGACGGUUCUCUGUCUGCAACAUACUCCAGUGGAAUGGACGUCACCCUGAGCACAGAGCCCAACAUGGGGGUGGGGCCAUUGCCAGGGCUGUUGCCAGGGGCAAUCCACCCCACAGUGGGCAGGUGCAACAUCACGCUGCCGGGAGAACAGAGCUCGAGUCUUAUCGAGUGGAGGCAGAGACGAGAGCAGAGCCGAGGGAACUACAGCGUGUAUGAACGCAGGCUCCGGGCUCAUAAUAGGAACGUUCUCUCUAUCGACUACAACCAGGUGACUCGUGUGGGAAAGAUCUACGACGAUCACCGCAAGUUCACGUUGCGAGUUCAGUACGACGAGCUCGGCCUCCCUGUGGUCUGGACUCCCAGUAAAUACAGUGAGGUGAAAGUGAGCUACACCUCUACGGGGCUCGUCUCCAUCAUCCAGAGAGGGAACUGGAGCGAGCGCAGGGACUACGAUAACGGCAGGCUCGUGAGCCGCACCUGGGCCAACGGCAACACCUGGAGCUACACCUUCAUGGACAAGUCCAUCCAGCUGUUGCUCCAGAGUCAGCGUCGCUACACGUUCGAGUUUGAUCAGAUGGACCACCUCCUCUCUGUCACUCUGCCCAGCAUGGUUAAACACGGGCUGCAGACCGCACUCUCCAUCGGCUACUACCGCAACACCUACACGCCCCCCGAUGGCUCCUCCCACUCCGUCGUUCAAGACCACGCUCAUGACGGACGCCUCCUGCAGACGCUGUAUCUCGGCUCAGGCAGACGCGUCGUGUACAGAUACGGCCGAGCGCUGCGGCUCAGCGAGGUCCUUUACGACUCCACAGUCGUUAGCUUCACCUACGACGAGGCCACAGGGGCUUUAAAGACCAUCCACCUGAUGCAGGAAGGCUUCGUGUGUACGAUACGAUACAGGCAGAUGGGUCCGCUGGUAGGAAGGCAGAUCUACCGCUUUAGUGAGGAGGGUUUGGUGAAUGCACGCUUCGACUACAGCUACAACAAUUUCCGUGUCACUAGCAUGCAGGCUAUGAUCAACGAAACACCGCUGCCCAUCGACCUGUACCGCUAUGUGGACGUGUCAGGACGUAUUGAGCAGUUCGGUAAGUUCAGCGUGAUCAGCUACGAUCUGAACCAAGUGAUUACCACACACGCCAUGAAGCACACCAAGAUCUACAACGCUAACGGACAGCUCAUCGAGGUCCAGUACGAGAUCCUAAAAUCUAUAGCCUUCUGGAUGACGCUGCAGUACGACGGCGCGGGACGCGUUAGUGCAUGUGAUGUCCGUGUGGGCGUCGAUGCUAACGUCACACGCCAUGCUUACCGCUAUGACCCAGACAGCCAGCUGGCAUCAGUUUCAGUUGACGAUCGUCCCAUGUGGCGUUAUGGCUAUGACCUGAACGGAAACAUUAACCUGCUGAGUCACGGUGACGUUAACGUUAAUGGACGGCUAACACCGAUACGCUACGAUCUAAGAGACAGCAUCACACGUCUUGGAGAUGUCCAGUACCGCGUAGAUGAAGACGGAUUCCUGCGCUCACGUGGUAAUCUUGUGUUCCAUUACAGUGCUAAUGGCCAGCUGCAGGGGGCGCUAGAUCGCCAAACAAGCCGCCGUGUUUCGUAUCGAUACGAUGGACUCGGAAGACGCGUUUUUACCCAAACAAGCGACGGGACACGGAUUCAGUUCUUCUAUGCUGAUCUGACAGAACCAACGCGCGUCACACAUCUUUAUGAUCACAGCGCUUCCGAGAUCACGUCACUUUACUAUGACCUCCAGGGUCACCUGAUUGCUAUGGAGAUGAGUAGCGGUGAGGAGUUUUACGUGGCAUGCGAUGUGGCAGGGACGCCGCUUGCUAUUUUCAGCAGCCGUGGCACUGUAGUCAAAGAGAUCCGAUACACGCCCUACGGCGACGUCUACCUCGAUUCGAACCCAGCCUUCACUUUGCCCUUCGGGUUCCACGGAGGGCUUUAUGACCCCCUUACCCGGCUUGUUCACAUCGGCCGCCGUGACUACGACACAGUCGCAGGGAGAUGGACCACGCCCAAUCAUGACCUGUGGGCAGAGAUGAGUGAAGAUCCCAAGCCCUUCAACCUAUACACGUUCAAGAACAACAACCCAUUAGGCAGCGUGCAAGAUGUCACCAAGUUCACAACAGAUGUUAGCAGCUGGUUGCAGCUGUUUGGCUUCCAGCUCCAUAACGUUGUUCCUGGCUUUCCCACGCUGCCCGUAGAGAAAACCCAACACACGUACGAGAUGAUGAACACACAGGCGCGAACACACAGCUGGGAACCAAGCAAGGUCACCCUGGGGGUUCAGUGCGAGCUUCAGAAGCGUCUUCAGAGCUUCAUCUCUUUAGACCGCCUCCCCAUGAGCUCGGCAAACGGGAAGCCCGGAAGCAGACAUAAGCUCCGCCCACGCUUCUCUGCCCUCUCCUCCAUCUUUGGUAAAGGUGUGAAGUUUGCUAUCCAUGAAGGUGUAGUUGCAACAGAAAUUGUGGGAGUGGCUAGCGAGGACGGUCGUCGCGUGGCCUCACUCCUGAAAGGUGCCGCCUACUUGAGCGAUCUCCACUUUACCGUCACUGGACGUGACACACACUACUUCUGCAAGGCCAGCUCACUGGAGGCAGACCUCGCCGUGGUUGGAGUCGGGGGCGGAGCCAGAGUGCUGGAGAAUGGUGUCAACGUGUCGGUUUCACAAAUGAGUGCAGUGAUGGGUGGAGAAACGCGCCGAUUUGCAGAAAUCGUCCUCCAGCAGGGGGCGUUGAGUCUGCAUGUGCGCUACGGAGCAACACCGGACGAGGAACGAGUGCGAGUGAUCGAGUCUGCACGAGCCAGGGCUGUGCAGGGGGCGUGGCUAAUGGAGCAGAGACGGGUGCGAGAUGGAGAAGGCGGAGUCAAAGCGUGGACGGAGAAAGAGAAAGAGGAGCUUCUUACCGAGGGUCGUGUCACGGGUUACGACGGAUUUUACAUCCUGCCCGUGGAACAGCAUCCGGAACUGGCCGAUAGUCCGUUUAAUGUACAGCUGAUUAGACAGACUGAUGCCGGGCGUAGGUAACACACACACUCACACACAUGCUCGCACAUGGAAACACACACACACACACACACACACACACACACACACACACACAACAGUUCUCAGCUUAGUUUCCAGGAUGUUGCCAAGACAAAAUCAUGAUAGACUUCUUUGACUCUGGAAUGUGCUACAAUGAUGAUGUAUCAUUACGUUAUUUAAGGAAGUGCCCUGUUUGCAAGCUUUACAUUUAUUCUUUUUGUCUUAAUGUUUAAAUUGUGACGCAAAAAGCCUUCUGUUUCGACCCUAAAGGCCUCUGCUUUCGUUUAUUCUCUGUGGUUAAAAAAAAGACAAGACAACGGCCCUUGUGAAUAUUCUGAAUAUCCUGCAGUCUUUUUAUAGAAAUAACUCCAGCGAGUGACGAGAGCUACUUUACAUACAAACGAGUUCUGAGGAUGAAACGCUGAUCUGUCUUUGCAGAAAUAUAAAUAUACAUUAAAUGGACAGAGGACUAAAACUUCAGCUUGCGAUUCAGUAAACGAGAAAAUUCUCCACCAAAAACGUUAUCUUUCAGCUUUCUUGGACUCGUGAUGGCCUCGUGAUGGACACCUCGGAUUGGAUACGUCACAUAUCACUCGUUCUGUGUGGCCGGAUGGCAUUCUCUUACUCCUGUGGCCUUCUAGAAGCUCCUGUUUAAGAGGCCUUCUGCAAUCUUCUGUUUCAACAGCUCUCCGGAAUCAUGUACUUAUGCGGUGUGCCGUUCUGGAAUCUACUGUACAGAAAGGAAAUACAGAAUCAGCUGUUUGCAUCGUAAUCCAGAAUGAUUUUUGUUUUUUUAUUUUUUGUUUCUUUUUUUUAAUUAAGGAGUCCGAUGUUUAAUCGCAUUCCAGAAUGUGUUUUUUUUUUCAUGCCAUUCCACAAGUUUCUGUUUGUGUGGUAUUCCGGAAUCUACUCUUUAAACGGCGUUCCAAAACCAUGUUGUUUUUUUUUAAUUUGGUUUUAUUUUCCCGUUUCAUUGGAACUCUAAAAUCAUUUGAAAUCGUCUGCUUAGGUGGCUUUUCAAAAUAAUCAACUUUAGUGCCAUUCAAAAGCCUUCAGUAUAAAUGCCAUUAGGGAAUUUUCUAUUUAACCGCCACAUCCGGAAUUUCUCCAAUGUCCCUUUUCGGAUUUACGUUCCUUAAUUUGAAACAGAAUCCCGGCGGGUUCUCUUGCUAAUGUCCUUCCGUAAUGUUGAAGUGGCAUUCUGGGAAUCUUUGUUUAAAUGGCAUUCCGAUAUAUUCUGUUAAAAUAGUACAAAGGAAUCUAGCGCUUUGUCGGCAGUAAACGGAAUUUUAAAAUGUUCUUUUUAAGCGGAAUUUCCGAACCUCCUUCAUAAACGGGGACGACGGAAUCUCUUGUUUCAUUUGUAUUCCGUAACUCGUGUUUAAAACGAAAUUUCUGGAAUCCUGCCUUUAAGGGGAAUUCCGGAACCAUCUACAUUAAUUGACAUUCUGGAAUCUUCUUUUUGGACGUCAUGCCAGAACGGUUAGUUUAAACGGCAUGCCGAGUGUGUUUUCUGACUCUGAUCGUGUGCCUAAUCUGCCUAAAACGUCUUGCGCUUUUCCACCACAAAAGAUCCGGUUCUCAGCCGGCAAACUUGCUUCGGUUCCAACGACAACAAAAGCUGCAGAACUGGAGCUGACGAACAAACGAUAUCACAUGCAAAGGGGAGGGGUCAUUUUGCUGCCAUGACAACAAUUCAAAACAAAGCCUUGAUGUGAGGACCGGGCUAAGAAACGUGCAGAGAGGAACAUUCUGGGAUUACUUUUGGGAAAAGUACCAGCGUGGAAUCGGUAGCACGGCCGUGAGUCUGCAGGUCCACGGAAGAAACGCUCGACAAACAAACUGAACACAACUGAAUAUUUCACCAUCGUUGCUAUUGCUAACAAGACUUCGUUUGAGCAGCUAUACGUUCAAAAUAAAAACAAUCACGUGUUGACGUUGUCUAUCUCUGUGCUGUGUAUAGAAGCUGAAUGCUCAGAUGGUAACAUGUGUUCUCUAAUCCAGAAGUAAAGCAAGAUAUUAAGUUCAACAACGACGUGACCUUUCACAGGUGUUCUUAUUUUUACAGUUGAUUUUGUAACCGCUUCAUGUUAUACAUUUGUUCUGAAACUUGUUGAAAUACAGACUGGUUCUUUACAUGGAUUUCACAUGUACAUGGGUUUAAAGAAAAAAAACGAACGUUUUAUUUAAAAUAAGUAAAAACGGUACUAAAGUACAUUAUAAAAUGUAUAUUUUAUACGAGGGCUGGCCUGAAUAACUGAAAUACUCGAGUGUGUGUUUGUUUCUAUUUGUUUUUCUGUUCGUCUUUGGAUCCUUCCUCUUCCCUGUUCGAGCUCACUGUACAUUAUUAAAUCCCGAUUUCUCGUUGCGAGUAUUUCAGUAUUUAAGUACACAUCCGAGUAGGCGAUGAUGUUGUAACUACUGAUCAGAGAGGAAAUUAUUUUUGCUUAAAAAGCAUCUGAAAGAAAAAUAACAGGGAUAAAAAAAAAGCUGCUACAGAAACGACUCGACUUUCAGACAGUACACUGGUUUUUAAGGACCCAGAAAGAAAACAGAUGAUUGUUGAACAUUUUAACCGUGACAUCAUCAUCAUCAUCCGACACAGUAUUGUGGCUUAAUUACUGACUUUCUGUUUGCAAGAUAAUAAAAAAGUUACAAAAUUUACACGUUAUUUCAUUUGCGCCAUCAUCGCUAUAGUAAACUGUUGACCCGUUAUCGCCUCUACAGGAUAUAUUGUGAACUCUAUUUACCAAAAAUACUAAAGUGUGAUUGUUUGUAAUAUCUUUGUUUAAAAUCGGUGUUCAGGCCAGCCCGGAAUUUUAGUUGUGCAAAUAAACCAGACACAAAAUCGAAAAGAAAAUUCGAAUGGCUGAAAUGUUAAAAAGCCCCCACAAGGGGGCAGAGCGGCGUCUCACCUCGGACUCGUUUUCAGUUUCACAGAAAUAAUGAGAUUAUACCGAUACAUGAGAACGAUGAAGGAAAGUCAGAGAGCUGGAUUACUGUGAUAAACUGUGACACCUCAUCAGAUUACAAUCUGAGGAUGUGAACACACGUUUGCUCCUGUGUGUUUUUUCCUGUUCUCCUAGAAACCGAACCCAAUUAGUGAAUAAAUAAAAAAAUAAAACGGAAGACAAAGAGUUUUUGGUGAAACUUUGAGUGCAAUUUGUUGUUCUGUAGAGAGCAAAGUGUGGAACAUUGUGUGCUUUUUUAAGUGCUGUUCGAAAACAAAAGCAAGAAGUCAUGCAUUGCACACCCACACACACACGCACACACACACACACGCACACACACACAUACACACACACAGUGUUUAUCAGUGCUAGCUAUAUAAAAACACAGCACUUUUCGGUCCCCGUAAACCUAAAACCUGAAAGUGUGUUUACUUUUAGGAGUCGAUUCUUAUGGAUCUGGAUCAAUUUAUGUCUUUCCUAAUAGAAUUUUUCAGUUGUUCAGAUCACUAGUAAAGCAGAAACGAUGGCACCACUGGUGAGGUUAAAGAGCAUGCAGGAAAUAUUUUAUGAUAACAGAAGGAACAAUCAACCACAUGAAGCAAUUCACAGAUACAGAGCAGACACCAGGCCAGAUAUUUAUUUUGGAUCAGUCUGAUACUUCGUACCAAAGUGUGACCUAAAUUUGACUAAAUGAUGUUCAGUGCCAGCGAAUCGAACGAGUACAGGAUAAACAAAGUCAUAUUGUUCACAUGCUGUAUAAUAUUUGCGAAGGAAUGCUUUAAAAAAUGUUACCUACAUCCUUACGAGUGUAAACUAUAAAUGAUUUAAAUGGAAUUGAAUCAUUUCAGUGUCUUUAAGGAGCUCGAGCUUUCCAAACAUCACUUUUUGUUUUUAAACUAGCAGAGAAAUUCAUAUUAGAACACUUUGUCCAUCAGGACUUUUGAUAACUGAAAUAAA